CAGUUGUAGAUUCCAUUUUGUUGCAAUUCAGACGGAGUCGGGAGAGAGUAGUGGCAGCCUACGGCCACUUUUAACACCACAUAAGCUUCGAAGGUGACGGAUUUGUAGGAAAUAUAGCUUGCUGUGCUUCUUACAUGAUCCGCCACGGAAUUUCAAAGGCUGAUCUCACAUAUUCAUUGACGAAGGGCUUCAUCAACCAAGCCUGAAGAAGUCGGUCUUCGACUUCUUGGAGCAUCGUGUGCCGAGGUGAAUUGAUGUUCAGCUCGGCUUCACGGCAAAACACCGCUCAUUGGCACAUGAAAACCUUAAACCUUGCUGGACAGAAAAGUGCAGUGAGAAGUAGAUUAAGAACUGCUUCGAGGACCUGGGGCCCGAUUGGAGGCGAAAGAUUGAAGAAGGAUCUCUUUUUCGUCAACUUUCUGACAACAAAGAGGUGACACGUAGUGCAGAAGCAUUAUGGGAGGUGGAGAGAGGUACAACAUUCCAGUUUCCCACCCUGAGCGCCCUUUGCCCAAGAAGAACCAUCAACUUGGUCGGGCUAAGCCGAGGAGCCGCGACCAGAAUGGAGCAGCAGCUUCUACAGGGGGAGUAGGGGGUCUUCACCAUCAUGGCCACCGCAGGAGCGACAAAGGUGCGGCCUACCACAGGUCUCCAGAGGCGCGGCAGGCCGUGUCUGCUGAGAAGAAUGCCUCAGUUCGUUUUGCCACCAACUAUGAUCAGAACUGGGAAGGUGCGGUUUCUCACCUAAACACGCUCCUGGCCACCCAGGGAAGCCCGAGCUACGCAGGGCCCAAGUUCAGCGAGCCGCCCUCACCUAGCGUGUUGCCCAAACCCCCUAGCCACUGGGUGUCUUUCCCAAUGGGCUCUUGUGACAACAGGGAGAUGAUGACCUUCCAGCUCAAGAGCCUCCUCAAGGUGCAGGCCUGAGAGGGAUACCCACAGUUGAUGGUUUAAAAAAAAAAAAAAAGCCAAUGAACUAGGACUUUUCCGAAUGCAUGCACCCACCAGGAACACCUCAGUGCUGUAAUACUUUUAGCUGUUUUUAGCUUGACUAGCUCCUUGCGUGUUGGGAGGCAUUUGCAGCAUUGUUGCAGAUGUUUACUCAACAUUUUUUUUUAAAAUUGGAAUUCCAUUAUAUUACAGUCUUGGAGCCUUCCUGGUUGGUGAUGCUUUUAGUGGAGUCAAUUUCUGUGACUAAUGACAAACUGGAUAUCAUUUGUACUUUUGUUUUGUUCUUUUUAAUGUUGGCUAUGAAAGCAGAUUGAGUGUGUUUUUCCCUAAACAGGGAAUAUAGAAUAGGUCAGAUAAAUUCCCAACACUAAUACGGUCCAUUUCUGUGGACAGGUAUGCCUUUUCAUCUAUGCAAGUUUUACAAACUUGCAUUUGUAGCAUUUUUUUUAAUUAUAUUUUUAUUUUACUAGGGCCCUUUUUUUCCAUAAGUGUAUCAUGUUUCUUGUUUAGUAUGGAAAAGACACUCAACUGUAAUUCUGCAGGGAACAAGGCUAUCUUACUGGACUAAUGAGCUGUAGUGAGUAAGUACAAGUCAAAAGUAUAACCUCAAACUGAAGGGUAAUAAGAGACCAUGGCACACGGACUUUGGACUGUCAACUCCUGUAACUUUUUUUAUUGCGCUGUGCGCACAUGCACUAUAGGAGUUGACCUUGUCUGAGGUCCCAGCAUUCAGUCAUAGCAUUAUUUUGUACAAGUCCUUUUUUGUUGUGGUUGAAAGAUGUAUGAAGUUCUGUGUGUAACCAAAGCAAUGUUUUUGCUGUAAUUUUUUUCUCUUUUUGGACAUCCUCUGUGUGGUUGGCAUUUUUGCCGCUGACACUUUAAUCUUGCGUGGGUGAGAGUGGCGAAUAGGCUAGAGAUCCCUUGGUCACUUCUAACUGUUAAUAUGUUCCGAUCAGUACUGUUAUUUCUCCUCAGUCUCAGCCUAUUCAGGGCAGUGCUGCAGCUUUAACAUGCGGAAGAGGGCCAGGCCGUCACAUGACGUGGUCCUGUUGGCUGCAUGCAUUCACGAGCAAGGUAAGGCAGAGCUGAGGAAGGUUUCUGAAGUGAGGUGGUCCAAGGGAUGCUACGUGAGGCAGGAGGAUAGUGUUGAUGUUUACAAAAAGGUCUCAGUGGCUGACUAUCCCAUAAUCAACAGACACCCUGUCUCUUGCCUCGUUUACCCUCUUGCACUGCAAUCAGACAAGUUUUUAGUAAGUUACAGGCCAGGAUGCUAUUGAAAUGGCGUAAUUGACUAUCUUCCUAUGGAUUCUCUAUUUUUGUUAUUCAGUCCUCGGUUGAGGCUCUCUUUAAUUUCCCUUUGCAGAAUUGAAGUUGCUUAUGGCCAGCCUAAAGAUUACAAAACAAAGUAUGAGAGCUUGUUCAGAGCCAUGUAAAUAAUGAAAUGUAUAAAGUACUUGUAGCAUAUGUACAUUUGCAGGCCAAGUUUGAGGCCUCUCUGACAAAAGUAUUUUUAGUAAUAACACUGAAUGUAUAAGACAUGCUAAGGACAUGUCUUAACUUCAAUACUGAAGAAUAUUUUUGUUAAAAAAAAAUCUGCCUAUAACAUUUGCCAGUACCCCUGCACUGUUAUCUUUCUUGAGAUCUUGCACAUGUUUCUUAUUGUUUUCUAUUAUGCAGUGUAGGGUAAAAGAUGCUAAAUGCAAAUGAAGUAAAACAGAAACAAAAAAUCAAUUGGAACCUAGAGGAGACUUGCUUAUGUAUGAAUUUGUGUUGUGAAUGUGCUUACGGCAUGUAAGCGUGAUGAUUUUUCUUGGGUUGACCUGUUUGUGCCUGAGUUGAAACCCAUGCUGAAACAGACCAGUUUCAUUCAGUGGCAAUGCCACAAACUGACCAAAUGUUUCCUCCAGAACCACCUUCAUUUCUUAGCUGUUCUUCCGCCAGCUGAAAACUGAACAUGGUCCCAUGCUGUAUAAGUACUCCCCUCUAUUGGUUGUUCAUGUUAACAUUUUCUUUCUUUCCCUGAUUGAGUUAUGCAUAGCAAAGUCUCCUUCUACAUUUCUAAACCUGUAAUGAAUUGGCUGUAAAUUUGUCCCUCUGGUAUGAAAUGUCACUGAAUAUGGAAAAAAAAUGCCCUGUUAAGAUUGGUAUCAAUUGAUGUUCAAAAAAAAAGCAAAGAAUGCACUCUGUGAAUUGAUGACAAAUUUUUUUACCAAAAAAAAAAAAAAUAAAUCCCCUUCCCCUCCCCCCUA